AUGUCCACCUCCAGCAGUAACGGGGGCAUCGACUUUGCGCUCUACCGCUACACUCCGUCAAUAGUGGCGGCGAUCAUUUUCGCUGCUAUAUUCUUGGGAAUCACCGUGGUACACAGCUUCCGGCUAUGGCAGAAUCGCACCUAUUUCUUUAUUCCGUUCAUCAUCGGUCUACUAUUCGAAUGCGCCGGGUACAUUGCUCGAGUCUUUUCGCACUAUGACACCAAAGCUCUGGGUCCAUACAUCGUCCAGACCAUGCUGAUCCUGGUCGCGCCGCCCCUUUUUGCCGCCUCGAUCUAUAUGUCUCUCGGCAGAGUGAUUGUUGGUCUUGACUGUCAAGAGUACUCACUCGUGCCCGUUAGGUUCCUGACCAAAAUAUUCGUGAUUGGGGAUGUGAUCUCGUUCCUUCUCCAGUGUGGAGGUGGUGGAUAUAUGGCCGCCGGAUCAGUUUCCGCCAUGAACAUGGGUGCCAACAUCGUGAUCGGUGGUCUCGUCAUUCAACUACUCUUCUUCGGAUUCUUUGUGAUCGUGUCAGCUGUGUUUCACUGGCGCGUCAAGAGAAACUCCCGGAAUGAGUCGCAUGCCAUGAAGGGACUGGGCAAGAACUGGGAACCGAUCAUGUGGGCUCUUUACGCGGCUUGCUUCCUUAUCCUGGUGCGAUCGAUCUUUCGGGUGGUCGAGUUUGUCGAAGGAAAUGAUGGGUACAUUAUGAAGAGAGAAUACCUCUUGUACAUAUUCGAUGCCUGUCUGAUGGCUUUGGCGGGCAGUGUGCUGGUGAUCAUUUAUCCGGGCUCAUUCCUGGGCCGCGAAAGGGGUACUCGGGAUAGUUCGCUCCAACUCAUGUCCACUACUGAGGAGGACAUCUCGACGCAAAAAUCAACGGCUUAUGGGGUUUGA